UAUCUCUCCAUUCACCUCCAGUGUAGUCAUUAACUGUCAUGGCUGCCCCCAUUGCGCUCAUUCAAGGGGCCAGCAGAGGACUGGGGCUUGCAUUUUGCAAACAUAUCUUGAAAAGCAAAAGCCCAGCUGCCGUUAUAGCAACAUGCCGAAACCCGGACGGAGCGGGGGAGCUUCGGGGCCUGGAAGUCCAAAACCCGGGCAGACUGACGGUCGUCCGGCUGGACGUGACCCGGGAGGAAGACGUCCAGGGGGCUGCGGAGUGGGUUAAGGGGAACUUCGGUCGGCUGGAUCUGAUCGUCAACUCCUCAGCAAUGCUUCACCCCUCCGGGAAAGGAGAGACCAGCCUCAGAGAUGUUUCUGCUAAGGGCAUCAUCUCUACCUUGACGACUAACACAGUGGGUCCAUUGGUCAUGGCCAAGUAUUUUGCCCCCCUACUCCAGAAGGGUGGAGGUGGUUUCGGACAGCAGCCUGCAGAAAAAGCUAAGCAGCACAGUGGCAUCAUCGUUAACAUCACAGCCAAAGUUGGAUCGAUUGGGGACAAUGGUCUUGGUGGCUGGUACAGCUACAGAAUGUCUAAAGCAGCUCUUAACAUGGCUACCAGGAAUCUGUCUAUAGAGCUGGGCCGCAGUCGACCAAAGGUGGUAUGCGUGUCUUUACAUCCAGGAACAGUGAACACAGAUCUCUCCCGCCCCUAUCACAGGAACGUACCCGAAGACAAGCUUUUCAGUACUGAACAAUCUGUGAAAUGUCUGAUGAGCAUCAUAGACACACUAAAUGUCGAAAAGACUGGCAAGGCAUACAACUGGGAUGGCUCUGAACUUCCUUGGUAGAAUCAUUAAAUGGAAAAAGAGUGAGAUGAAUGAACUUGACUGUGUUCUCACAUCACCUUUUACACUGUGCAUUAGGCUGGACUUUAUUUUGAAAAGUGUCCUCAAUUGAGACUAGGGGAGUCAAAGACAGAGAGAGACUUCUUUAACUACCUCACAGAGUGCUAAAAUAACCUCUGAUAUUUAUAAUGAUAAAGAUUCAAGAUUCAAGAUUUUUAUUUGUCACAUGCUCAUACAGAUGUGCAGUGAAAUGUAAAGCCAUCACAUAAAGACCAUAUGUUGCCUUAGGAUACAUUGCUAUGCUAAUGACCAAGUGUAGCACAUCAUAGACACAUUUUUGGUUGACCAUUGAUAACAAACACUCACAAUUACAUUCUUGACUGUAGUUUUAAAAGGGGUUUAUCUGCUAGAUGAUCUUCUGAACAUGCUUAUAGUUAGUGACUUCUACCUCAACUGUGUCUUGAAAAUUUGGUUUAAAGAGUGGAGGUCAGCAUAUUUCUUAAACAGGUCCAGUCCUGACUUUUCUCACACUUUGGAUUAAGUUUGACUUGUAGAAUCCAGUCUUAAUGCUAUGCUAAGCUGACCGUCAUCUUACAGCUUUAGCUUUGUGUCAAGCAAACAUGAGAGUGUAACUGGUCUUCUCAUCUAAUUUUUGAUAAGAUAGCUAAUAAAUGCGUAUUUCAAAAUAGACCUUAAUUUAUUUUAAUGUGAAUGAGAUGCCUUAAUAAAUUUCAGAAAGGUC